AUGAAAACAAGUUGUUGCUUUAUAAAAAUAAUAUAUUUAGAUAUUUUAAAAAUAUACAUCAAAAUUAUUAUUCAAUCAUACCUUCAAGAAAGAACUCGUGCAUUAACACAAUUUAAUGACUAUGUGAAGAAUAUAACACACUUUCUGGAUCAAAACACAAUUGCGAGGAAUGAAAAAAAAUAAAUGAUUGAUGUUGUUAACCAACUCUUAUAAAAAAGGGAUCCGAGCAUGAAAGAGAUAAUUACAUCAACUUCUGUUUUCCCAUCUUCGAGAAAUACUUUAUGCAGAAGAUACAAUGGCAGGUGUAUAUAAAUACAUAGCUACUGGAGCUGCCAGCACAGAUAAUGUCAACUGGAUUUUGUUGCAGAAGAGAAAAGAAAAACAGAAGUUAAUUAAACAAUGAGUCAAGUCGCAACAACAAAAUAUUAUUUAAUAUUCGCACACUUGGUAUCAAGUCUGACGUUUGGUUAUCGCACUCAACAUUUACCAUCUAUUGUUGUACAUUCUCGAAACCAUGUGUUUGCUUGUCAGGAUCACACUAUUCGUGUAGAACAAGACGACUACAUAGAUUUUGUUUGUCCUAAUGCUGAUCAUCAUGCUUAUGCCAAUUAUCAGGACACUUAUGAAAAUUUCUAUUUCUUGGAUCAAGACAAGAAAGCAUAUGAUACCUGCAAUGCAACUGGUGGUUGGAAGUUUUUGAAUUGUAAUAAAAAUUCACGUACUUAUUGGCGUAUCGUAUUUCGGUAUAUUGUAUUUCCUGACCAGCUGCAGUUUAUUGAAGGUCACACUUAUUAUUUUAUUGGCACUGGUUUUCGAACCGAGGAAAAUAUAAACAAUAUGAUUGGUGGAAGUUGCAAUGCAACUGAAGAUGGUAGAUAUCCAUUAAAACUAAAAGUAUAUGUCUGCACAAGGGAAGAAGUUCUUAAUAAUACGUGCAAUGUUUGCUUGUCAGAAGGUUGUUACUACAAAGGUUGCUUACAGACAUGUUCUGAGUGGGUGACAAUUUCUAAAAUAGGUGCAAAAAAAACGUUAGUGCAAAGAAAGCAAUGUAAUAAUACUUUAACAGGUGCAUCACAUGAAGAAUAUAGAGAAAUAGCUGUUAAUUGUAAAGAAUGGUCUAUAAUAUCUAGGAAACCAUCUGGAAACAAGUGUAUUGACCUUCAGAAAAGAGAAUGUUUUAGUGCUGAAAAUGAUACAUAUACCGAUUAUCAAGAAGUUGAAUCGUUUUGUCAACCUCUAGGACUUAACGCUUCCCCGAGUAUUAAAGAUAGUGAUGAUAAAAGAUUGCUGAUCAUUGGAGCCAUUGCUACAGCUAUUGUUGCGCAAAUUAUUAUUAUCAUUUUUAUUGCUUGUCUGAAACAUAGAGGUAUCAUAUGUAGCAACAACAACAAUACCAAGCAAGAGUUGCAAGCAAACAAGGCAAAAAUAAAAAGCGCUACUCCAAAAGGAAAUACUUCUUAUUACAACGUGCACAAGGGGAAAGAAAAAAACAUAAAUUCAAAUGAAGAUAGUUUUUACGCAGACUUGGAUCUACAUAAAACUGAGCAGAAUAUUUAUGCUGAUUUGAAUCAUGAUCGGGAUCAGUCAUCCAAUGAUUAUAUAAACACAUCGAAUUAUGAAGUAACGAUAAACACACAUUAGUUAUGUAUAUUUCUUUUAUUUUCGAAUCUUUACAACAAUUUUUUUUAUGCUGCUAAAACUUCUACUCAUAUUUUUCUUUUACAUUAAAUAGACUUUUGUGGAAAAAUAACUUAUGACAUCAUUGUUAUUUACAUUUUGAGUAACACUUUAUACGAAGAAGAACAAAAAAUGUAUCUUAAUUUGAUAAAUGUCAACAAUUAAAGAUAUAAACUGCACCAUAUCACAAUGUACACUGAUGUAUGUAAGUUGUAUUACACAAGAAAUAAUCAUUUAAAUCCGUAAAUUAAAUCAUAGGAAAUUUUGAUUUUGCUUCCAACCAAAGUAUCGCUAAGAAUUCUAUA